UUAGAAUCAAAUGAGGCUAACUGUAACUCUUGCUAAAUAGGCUAACGUUAGAGUUCACAAGGUAACGUUAGCUUUAAUAGCUCAGUGCAGUUUACCUUAGCUCAGUAACCUUUAUUUAUUUACAGUGAAAACGUAAAAAAUUUUACUUGCAAAACGAAUUGGCUUUAGUUAUUAACGUUAAUACCAAUUUUGUGAAAGUAUUUAAACCGUAACUAACGUUAGCUUGCUUCUUUUUAUAAAAGAACGAUCAUUAAGUUAGCCAACAUAUCCAAUCUAUGUAAGCCGUAUCUUGUAGUAACGUUACGAUCAACAUUGUAAUGUUUUUGUUUCACAUCUUUUUUUUUGCCAUAGUCUUUUUUUGAGUGUGUUCAGCCUGUCAAAAUGCUGUUCAGUAAUCACAAACAAGUUUAUUCCCUAAUGUGCUUGAUCCAGCUUGUUUAUAGCAAGCUUGCUGGAGUGACUUAUAGAUGUGGUCUAUACGAUUAAAUUUUAAUUUGAAUAAUUGGUUGGCCAAAUCUCCUACAUCUCCUUUUUCUUAAAAAUGUUUUUGGCUUUGCAAACUUCAUUUUCAUCCUAAACGCAACACUCCUUGAUGUGUACCUCCUGUACAAUUUAAAUUAUUUGCUUCAUUACAUAUGCCUGUGUUUAUAAGUCAGGUAUUAAUAUCAUUCAUCACGAAGUGUUGGGGAAUUCCAAAACCUAAAAUAGUGCCAGCUUCAGAUUAUACCCCCCCCCUCCAAAGCCCGUCCGGCUGUACACAUACCAGAAGUUGCAGCAGUGCUAUCAUAUAGACUGUGGGGGGAAUUCCGCCUGUCUCAGACUGCAGCGUGCGCCACUUCAGCAUGAACAAUGGCAGGCUGAGCGCUGAAGCAGGUGUAAUGUUUCAGGGGAGCAGGUCAAAGUGCCUCUGUCUGAAUGGUGCAUAAUCACCAUUAUGUGUAGUACAAAUAUUCAGUAUUAUGCAGGCUGACUUCUUCACAAUGGAAGGGCCCUUCAUGAAUGGCUGCCAGCAGGACUCCUCCUCCUCCUUUCCUCCACUGGCUGGGUGGCCAAAUCUCUGCCCUGCAUGUCAACAUUUAUGUUCAGUGUUUGCUGACAUUGCAACUUUCAAAGCUAGCAAUAAAAUUUUUGUGCCUUUAAAAAUACAUGCCAACAGUAAAACUCAGGGACCCUCCAUCUCGUAUGUCCUGGAGAGAGAGCUCAUUCCUCACCACUAUGUCCCAGAAUCAGUCAGCACAGACGACUGACUCCUUCAGCCAAGAUGUAUUCAACCAGCUGUUUGAUAUGCUGGACCAAUCUGCCAUUCAUUCAGUCCAGCCCAUUGAGCUUAACUUCACAGACAGUCCGAUUGAUGGGUCUGCAGGAAACACCAUUCAGAUCAGUAUGGACUGCAUAACCAUGCAUGAGCCAGAUGAGACGCUGACUUCGCAGUAUACAAACCUGGGGCUCCUGAACAGCAUGGAUCAGAACAUUCAGAACGGGGGCUCAACCUCUACCAGCCCCUACAACAACGACCAUGCACAGAACAACGUGACAGCACCGUCACCCUACGCCCAGCCCAGCUCCACCUUUGACGCCCUUUCUCCCUCACCGGCCAUCCCAUCAAACACAGAUUAUGCUGGGCCCCACACCUUUGAUGUGUCUUUCCAGCAGUCUAGUACAGCAAAGUCUGCCACCUGGACGUACUCAACAGAACUCAAGAAGUUAUACUGCCAAAUUGCCAAGACAUGUCCCAUCCAGAUCAAAGUCCUGACCACCCCACCACAGGGCGCUGUCAUCAGAGCCAUGCCUGUUUACAAGAAAGCCGAACAUGUGACCGAAGUGGUGAAACGCUGCCCGAACCACGAGCUGAGCCGCGAGUUCAACGACGGUCAGAUAGCUCCACCGAGCCAUCUGAUCCGUGUGGAGGGUAACAACCACGCCCAGUACGUGGAGGACACCAUCACUGGAAGGCAGAGCGUGUUAGUUCCUUACGAACCUCCCCAGGUGGGGACAGAGUUUACCACUAUUUUGUACAACUUCAUGUGCAACUCGAGCUGCGUGGGCGGAAUGAACAGACGCCCAAUUCUUAUCAUCGUCACUCUGGAAACCAGAGAUGGUCAGGUAUUAGGCCGCCGGUGCUUCGAGGCCAGGAUCUGCGCCUGCCCGGGCCGAGACAGGAAGGCAGACGAGGACAGCAUCCGCAAGCAGCACGUAACGGACGCCACAAAGGGCAAUGACGGUAUGAAGCGCCCCUUCCGCCAGGUCUCCCAUGGCAUACAGAUGUCCACCAUCAAGAAGAGAAGAUCUACAGACGAGGAGGUUUUUUGUUUGCCUAUCAAAGGCCGUGAAAUUUAUGAGAUUUUGGUAAAAAUCAAAGAGUCUCUGGAACUCAUGCAGUUUCUGCCGCAGCACACUAUAGAGUCGUACAGGCAGCAGCAGCAGAAUCUCCUUCAGAAACAGACUUCAAUGCCGUCUCAGCCCUCCUACGGGUCCUGCUCCCCUACUCACGGAAAAGUCAACAAGCUGCCCUCUGUCAGCCAGCUCAUGAACCCCCAGCAGCGUAACACACUCACCCCAUCCAGCAUGUCUGGAGGCCUGACUGACAUGACUCCUUUGAUGGGCACUCACAUCCCCAUGAACGCUGACAUGAGCCCACUGAGCCCCACACACGCACUGCAGCCACAGCUACCCUUGGUGCCUUCCUCCCACUGUACUCCCCCUCCUCCAUACCCAAUGGACAGCAGCAUCUCCAGCUUCCUUAUACGGCUGGGCUGCACAGGCUGCUUGGACUACUUCACAGCACAAGGCCUAACCAACAUCUACCAGAUUGAGAACUAUAACAUGGAGGACCUGUCCAGGCUGAAGAUCCCUGCGGAGUACCAGCACAUCAUCUGGAAGGGCAUCAUGGAGCACCGUCAGGCCAUGGAUUUUUCCCCACCUCCCCACAUAGUGCGCACCACCAGCGGGGCCUCCACCGUCAGCGUGGGCUCCUCAGAGGCCCGAGGAGAACGCGUCAUUGACGCUGUGCGCUUCACCCUACGCCAGACCAUCUCCUUCCCACCGCGCGAUGAGUGGUCCGACUUCUCCUUCGACCUGGAUUCUCGCCGCAACAAACAGCAGCGCAUCAAGGAGGAGGGAGAGUGAGACGACCCGUCUCCUUCUCAAUGUUCCCAUUUCUCAUUUCACGCCUUCAGUUGGAACAUUUCAUUUGAAAACCUGGUAUUAGUGCAAAUACUGCUGAGAACAAACUACAUAUUCAAAUAGAAAUGCACUUAUUUUCAUUGUUCUGGUUCUUAUCACUGAGGAGAAAUAAACGGUGCAUUUUAUUAUGUUGUAAUUUCUUGAGAGCACUUAAGAAAUGCUGAGGAUUUCUAGAAUGCUUUGAGUUUUUAAGUGUUCAUGAUUCAUUCCCAUGUUAAAGCAUGACUGGAAACAAAGCUUGCAUUAGAGGGCUUAUUAGGGCUUAUAUUUCUGCUAUGGGCCAUAGCAAAAGUGUAUUUCAAUUUGUAAUAGACUUCUAAGUUUUCACCAUUGUGGUUGUACAAGUUAGUCGAGUACACUGGUUUUCGUCUGUGGCAGAAGUAAGCAUUGAUUGUAUACAUUUCAAACAUUUCCUGUCAGAAGUAUUAUGUCAAGUGAUGGGCAAUUAGUUUUUCUGCUGUACUUCUAUAUUUUGCUUCAUGUCUGUUUUGAGACCAAUACAUUGCCCUUAUGUGUCAGCUUGUGAAGUAUGCGUGUUUAAGUGACAGAUGGUCGUUCAUUUGAUGUAGCCAUAUAUAGGCCUAAUGCUCUUGACCCAGUGUUUUACAGUAAAAUAAUAUGAUGACUGAUGUCGUUUUGUUUGUUGUUCUUGUCUUACUGCUGUGCGCAAGUGGUUGUGAUUGCAUUUUAAGAGCGGGCUUUUACUCUUGCAGUGGAUGCCUAGUACAAGUAUUUUUUCUACUCAUGAACCAUGUUUUGGUAGAGGUUUAUUUCAUUUGAUAACUGGCCAAAACCUAUGAUUUAAAUGUAUAUAAAUUUGUAUAGUUCUCAUCUUGAAAGUCUCCCUAAAGAAAAUGCAUUAUUUCAUCAUCAUGGAACAAAGCAUACUGAUGUGAAUAGAAUAAUAAGAACAAUGUCUGUAUUCAUUCAAAAGCGUGCACACAGUAUGCGUGUAGCCUACACUAGCCCAUGUUCAACUUUGUUUCAAGUAGCCAGCAUUGUUAGAAGCAGACACCAUCUGCAUUUUCAUAUUUUUUGUAUUGUAUGUAUUGUAAAUAUGUUGCAAUAUACUGUGGGUAUUUUGAUAUAAAUCUGAAAUAAAUAUCCAUACUUGCUGUAUUGCAUGUUAACACUC